UCAACAGAUGGGUCUUCCAGUGACAAUGACUGCUCAGAAGACAACAGCUUUAUUGGACCAAGUCUCCUUGGUGCUGAGGAGUCUUCAAGUUCAGUAGACAAUACAGAUGAAGAUUACUUUGAGACAUACUCCCACCACAGUGAAAAUCUGUCUGACAUAAUAAAAGAUGAUGUAUUUGAAAGUGAUGCAGAAACAGAAGUCUGGAGCAUUGAAACAGACAUAGGAGAAGAAUUAAUAGCUGAUUCAUCUGCAAAUGAAACUAAAUAUUUGUGCAAUAGUGUCCAAGGGUUCAGUACAGAAUCAAAGCACUUGACCAGUGAUGAUCUGUGCAACACUGUUCAAGGGUUCGGUACUGAAUCAAAGCACUUGACCAACGAUGAGCUGUCCAACAAUGUACAAGGGUUCGGUACUGAAUCAAAGCACUUGACCAGUGAUGAUCUCUGCAACACUGUUCAAGGGUUCGGUACUGCAUCAAAGCACUUGGCAAACAAUGACCUUUCACAAAAAUAUUUAGAACAGAAACUAGAAACAUUUGCCUGGAAUUCUCUCAACAGUGAUAUUUACUUUACUAUACAAACAACAGACUUACAAACAGCAACAUCAGAAACAAAUGUCGGUCAGGAAUUCGAUAUACAUAGCAGUGGAGAAGUUUUAGAAAAAUACAGUACUGUCUCACUGAGUUGUUUAGCCUCAUCCACUUUGAGGCAAAUUGAUGUAGAGGAAAACGCUGAAAACAGUGAAAGUUCUGAAACCACAUGUUCAGAAAUCUGCACAACUUCUGAAGCAAAAGAAACUGAGCCACAUCAGCCACCAUAUGACAUUUACCUUGAUUCUAAUAGCCAUUCAUUGAGAAGUUUUCUAGAACAUGCUCAAGUAAGGACUGAAGAACCAGAUUGUAGUGUGACUUUUGAUAAAUGCAUACUGGAAAGCAUUCCACCAGAGGUAAGAAAACCAGUCAAGACAUAUGAUGAAAAUGCUUCUAAUUGUCAUGAGUUUUAUCCAGAGAUCACGUCAUCUAGUAAUCAAAUAGGUGCUUCAGCUAGUCAAGAACACACUGGAUUUCAGAGCAGUGUGCCAUAUGAGUUUUCAUCUGUGCAGUUAAUUCUCACUGAAGGGAUUACUAGUGCACAGGAAGUUCAAGUUAUCCCAGAGGGUGUGCACAGUUUUCUACAGACAGAAUCCGAAGUGGAACAUUCUACAGAAGAAACUAUCAUACUGACCAACAAAAAAUCAGACGCGCACUUACUGGAAGAAGACUUGAAUUUAUGUAAGGAAUACAAUAAGGGUAGCUUGUCGUCAGAUAAGACCACUGCUGAAACAGAAAUAGAAGAAAAUUGUUUUAUAUUUAAGGAGCAGCCAGUCCAGACUAGUGAGUACUUAAAUACAAGAGAAACUUGUGCUGAAGAAAGUUUCUCAACUGAUGGUACAUGUCUACAGACUGACACUGAAAUAACUACACAGGGUGAAACAGAAACAGACAAAUUCAAAGACAAAGUUCACUCAUCUGUUUCUUUUGGUUCUGCAUCUCAGCCGCUGCAACAAACCUCAUUAAAGCCUACUUUUGAAAAACAAAAUAGUGUCAAUGAAAGAGAAGAUGAUUUAGAACAUAUUUAUUCUGAGCGGGAAUUAGGGAAACAUUCUGUUUUGUUGAGUAAUGAUGAAGUGCUAAUUUGCAGACCCAGUUUAGAAACACAUGAUUUCAAUAAUAUUUUUGAUGAAAAGUUAAGUAUUUCUCCACUAGUUUACAGUUUGAAGAACACUAGCAGUGAUUUUCCUGGUGAAUUUCAUGUCACAUCAGAUUGGUCACAAACAAUAUUUGCAUCCGUGAUCACCGCAGAUCCAGUCGGGAGUACCACCACCAGCAAUUCAAAACCAAUAGAAAAUUCAAGUGACAAAUCCUGUGAAGGAAGUCAAAAGACUAGGAAAAGCAAUUUGCAGGAACCACCAUCCCAGAUUAGAGAAGAAUCCUGCAAGACAGGAGAAAAUGAGUCAUUAGCACAGAAAAAUAUUCAUCGAAAUGGAACCCUUACUAAAGAAGCAGGAAUUGUUUCAAACUCUUUUGUGCAAUUCGAGUUACAAAAUAGUCUUAUAUUAGAUGAAUGCUUACAUCUUCAGACAUCUAGACAUUCAGAGUUACAUAAACUGAGCCCAGCAGAGUUUGAACCAAGCAAUGAAAAAUGGUACUGUGUAAACUCAUUCUCCGCAGUUCAUGAAGAUCCUCUGAACAGCAGCUGUGAUAUUACUGAGGUGUCUAGUGUGAACUGUAUUUCAAGAGAUACUGAUACAAAACAAAACACAUUUCCAAUAAGUGCUGAAGCUACGACAGAGACUCAUAGUAAUGUUGUAGCAGCUUUUACAAGCCAAAGUGUUAAAAGGUGGACAGAUGAAAACAAUGCAGUUAGCCAAAUUACAACACAUUUUAAGUAUGAAGAAAAACUCACUUCACCUGAAGCCACAGAAGAUACAGCUUAUAACAGAAAAUGCUUAUUUGAGAAUAGAUCCCAAACUGAUGAAAAGACAGAGUGGAGUUCUGCAGCUGAAGAGAAUAAUUCUUUCACUAAUAUCAAAGCUACUAACACAACAGCCAUUUUGCAAUGCAGACCUGAAAAAAGUCCCAGCAUUUCUGAAUUAGAUGAUGAGACAAAUCAAACAUUAAGGACAGAUGAGGAUAAUGUGGAAGAAGAGGUGAAGUCAAAAGUACAUUUUACUGAAAGAGGAGAACAUUCUUUAACAUCACUGGGUUCGAUAAGUGAAGUUUGUGUUGAGGAUGAUUUUGCAAAUGAGCUCAUUGAUACGAGUGUAUUUCAUGACAGGUCAUCCUUUCUGAUACAGCUAUCAGCAAAUCAACUAAAGAACAGUCACAUUCCAAAUAACACGCAAGUAACAGACCAUGCACCUCCUGAAACAGGGGAGGAUGAAGACACGCUUUUUGGGCAAAAGAAAAAUGGAGAUAGUUGCGUCCAUGAUAAGCUAAUGUCAGCACUCUCAGGCCAAUUUAAUCAAGAUACUAACUCAACAGGUUCAGCUGAAAUGAGUACUGAUAAUGAGGAAACGGACAAACAUUUUUAUCAACUACUGGGCAGCAACAGCAGCCUUCAUAAAGCUGUUCAGAAACAAACAUGGACUAUCAGUCAGGAAAAAUCAUCUAAAUUUUUAGUUUUCCCUAAAAUUUCAGCAUUUAGGAAACAUAAAUCCACCUCAGAUUGCCAAACAGGAGAAAGCUACAGUGGAACAUCCUCAGCUGAAGAGCUAGAUGGAGGUCAUCAAAAUGUAGCGUGUAUAGCAUCUGAAAACCUAAACAGUUCCCACCCUGUAACACACAUUAGUCAAAGAUCUAAGAGAAGACUUAAUAAGGAAGUACAUAUUUCGGACAAUUCAGAUGAAGAUAACGGGGCAUUUGAAAGAGGAAACUUAAUAAACAAAAGUAUGAAAAAGGCUUUGGAAACUGGUAGAAUUGACAUAGAAAAUUCUGGUAAUCCCCAUGAGAUAAUGGGUAUGUCAGAUGUAAAACAUACUGAAGAAACAGCCACAGCAGUCAAUUGUGGUACUACACCUAAUAUUACAGCUGAACAUAACUUUUCAGCAAAGCAAUUAUCAAUGGACCAUGCAUUCAAAAGGAGCAAAAGCACAGAUGCUUCAAAUUUUAGAAUGAAGUUAGCAUUAGCUCAUAAAUCUUUAUCAAGUUUUUUUGAACCUAGAUCUUCAGAAAAAGAAAAUACAGAUCAGAAUUCAAAGACACAGGCAAGAAAUAACAGUGAUGAGAACAAAUCAAGACAGAUGAGCUGGAAAAAGUUCAAGAAAAGCAAGGAAUCAAACACAAUGAAGAAAUUCCCAACAACAAGCUUAACAAACACUCCUCCACAAGAAUGCUUUACUGCUGUUAGAAGCCACAGGCAAGUUCAUAGUGAAUAUGCUGAAAGAUUAGCCAAAGACAGGGAAGAACACCAAGUUUCCCCAACAUUGGUUAACCCAGAAACUACCAUGGAAAUAUCUAGUGUUUCUGAAAAUUCAGUGCCAUUCUUUCAGGAAAAUCUUUGUGAAACCAUUAAGGAGAAAAGAGAACCACCCAGCAGUCUGAACAUAAAAAGCUCUAGUCCUAGUCUACCAAAACAAGAAUCAUGUAGAAGCAGCCUAGAGAUUUUAACAGUUACAGAUGAGUCAGGUCUAAAAUCUCCUUUAAGCUCUGGAAAUCAACAAACUUUGUGCAGUCAGUUAAGCCCUUCCAGCUACAAGAUGCCUACUAAUGUAGACAGUAAAGAUAUGCCUGCAAGACCAAUGAGCCCCAAACCUCAAAGUCCACGACCAAGCUCUCAACGUAGGAGCUUUCGAUACUCAAAUAAAAUGUGUGCCACAUCACUGAUAUCUAUUGGUAGCAGUUACCCAAUAGAAGGAUUAGCAGAAGCCCCAGAAAGACCCAAGUCAUUAAAACCCAGAGCUGGCCUGCUGCUCUCUGUACAGUCUUUGGAUGCAGAAUUUCAGAAGGAGGAUAGUGGUCUUAGCAGCCAGUCACAGACAAGUUUAAAUACCAUGUCUUCAUUCUGUGAUAUACCAAAAGAUGAGCUGGAUAAUGCACCUCACAGUCAUGGAACCCUGGAGAAAAAGUUAUCAGAGAAAGCAGUUACCCAUCGCAGCAAGAAGCGUUCCAAUACAAUGCCUUGCCAGCAUCUAUCUGGAGAUACUGGCAACACAUGCUGGGCAUUACUGAUUUCUGAAGCUACUGGAGUAGAUACUUAUAUCUGUCCUGUGAGUACCAAAGCUACCUACACACGUUUUAGUUUGGAUGAUUUGUGGAUAGAAGCAGAAAAGAACCGAAAAAGGAGACUAGAAGUAGCUCAAGAAAUACGACAAAGUCGAGAAAUUCAAGGAUGCAGCUUGUCAGAGGAAAUGCUAAAAGUCCAUGCAAGGCUGUCUCUUAUUUCUCACAUGUCCUUUGAUCUACAACCUCUAAAAUUCCAUCCUCUCUUUCAAAGCACUCCAACAGGGCUUGACUGUGUGGGAUGGAGACGUCGAUUAUCUGCACCAGUGAUCUCAGAUGGAGUCCUGGAUAAGACAGUUCUAAAUGAUGAUGCAGAAAGUGAUGAGGACUUUUAUGAAGACUUUCGGAGUUCGAACCAUCGCUAUGGACAUCCUGGAGGAGGAGGAGGUGAACAGCUAGCAAUAAAUGAGCUAAUUGGUGAUGGCAACGUUGUACAUGCAGAGGCCCUUUGGGACCACGUCACUAUGGAUGACCAGGAGCUGGGCUUCAAAGCUGGUGAUGUCAUUGAAGUAAUGGAUGCAACCAAUAAGGAAUGGUGGUGGGGGAGAAUUUUGGAUAGUGAAGGCUGGUUUCCUGCUAGCUUUGUACGGCUCCGAGUAAAUCAGGAUGAGCUAAUGGAUGACUACACCAUGAAACUGGAAGAUGGGAAGCCUGAUGAAAUUGGCAGUGGCACGCGUCGCCAUGGGGCUGUCCAGUUCAACAAGGACCAGAUGAGGACAAAUGUCAUUAAUGAAAUUAUGAACACAGAAAAAGACUACAUCAAACACCUGCGAGACAUCUGUGAGGGCUACAUAAAACAGUGUAGAAAAAGGACAGAUAUGUUUACAGAAGAACAGCUCCACACAAUUUUUGGGAAUAUUGAAGACAUUUAUAAAUUCCAAAAGAAAUUUCUUAAAGCAUUGGAAAAGAAAUUUAAUAAAGACCAUCCACAUCUCAGUGAAAUUGGGUCCUGUUUCUUAGAGCAUCAAACGGAUUUUCAGAUAUACUCGGAAUACUGCAACAACCAUCCCAAUGCCCACAGUGAGCUCUCCAAACUCUUGAAGAUUAACAAGUUUGUGUAUUUCUUUGAGGCCUGCCGUCUUCUUCAAAAAAUGAUUGACAUCUCACUAGAUGGAUUCUUGCUGACUCCAGUGCAGAAGAUCUGUAAAUAUCCUUUGCAGCUGGCUGAGUUGCUCAAGUACACCAAUCCUCAGCACAGGGACUACAAAGAUGUUGAAGCCGCCUUAAGUGCCAUGAAAAAUGUUGCCAGCUUGAUUAAUGAACGAAAACGCCGACUGGAAAAUAUUGACAAGAUUGCCCAAUGGCAGAGUUCAAUAGAGGAGUGGGAGGGUGAAAACGUGUUGAUCCGAAGCUCAGAACUGAUCUAUUCUGGAGAACUUACUCGUAUUGCUCAGCCUCAAGCCAAAAGUCAGCAGCGGAUGUGCUUCCUGUUUGACCACCAAAUGGUCUAUUGCAAGAAGGACCUGCUGCGCCGGGAUAUCCUGUAUUACAAGGGGCGAUUAAUCAUGGAUGACAUGGAAGUUGUGGAUGUAGAAGAUGGCAAAGACAAAGAUUUCAACCUCAGUGUAAAAAAUGCCUUUAAACUUCAAAGUAAAAUCUCUGAAGAGGUCUAUUUAUUCUCUGCAAAGAAACCAUCCCAGAAGCAGAGGUGGCUCCGGGCAUUUGAAGACGAAAGACAGCAAGUACAACGUGACAAAGAAACGGGCUUUGCCAUCACUGAAGUUCAGAAGAAGCAGGCUAUGCUAAAUGCCAAUAAAUCGCACUCAGCAGGAAAGCCCAAAGCUGUCAGUCGGCCAUAUUAUGAUUUCCUCCUGCGACAGAAGCAUCCCACUCUGCCUCCAAGUAUCCCUCAAGAACGAGUUUUCAUGCUUUCUGAGCCGAAGCGUAAACCUUCAAAUUUCUGGCAUAAUAUUGGCAGGUUGACACCAUUUAAGAAAUGAUGGAGUGCACCAUCCUGUGCCUGAACAAAGCUUAUUUAUUUUGAAAUUUUUUCCAUUGUUUUAAGGAAGCACUUUAUCUGGCGGACUGUUCGCUCUUGAACUGAGUAUUGGCUCACAAGCAGUAUUCAAAGGCAUUCCAUGCAAACAUCCCAGUUGUGUUUAUUCCAUGUUCUGUUUUCUCCACAAACAAGAAAGCGGUAUUGUUUCAGAUUCAUUCAGUAAUGAACCAUAAAAGAAGCUUUAUCUAGACUUUGACAUGUUCAGUGAGCUUUUCUUUGCAAAACUUCAUUCUUCCAUGCUGAACCAUAUAUUUUUUGAGCUAAUUGCUAUCUGUACUCAGUACAAGAAUCACUUGGUUUGGAGAUGACUGCUUGGUUACUGAGUAUACCAUUUUCUAAGGAAAGAAUCUGCUGUCAGUGAAGCAGAGGACAGUUUAUUGCACCUGCACCUAGUAAUACCUCUGUCCUGAAACUGCCCGAUUAGUAUACUCUAGCAGUGAAUGAGGUUUUACUUCUGCUGCCUGCAGAAAACACAUUUGUUUCAUCAAGUUCAUUUUUCCAUAACAUCUAACCUAAUCAUGAUCAUGUUGACGCCUUAUGUUUAAAGUAAGUUACAGUACUACUUAUUACUAAAAAAUUAUAAAAGAUAAACUUUUUUGUCCUUGUGGAAAGGAAUUGAAAUGCUGUUCACGUGUAGUGCCUGCAACCCUCUCACCAAAUUCAGAUCAGAAUUCUCAGAAUGCUUUAGUGCCAUUUUGGUCAGAGCAUGAUUUUCCUCACAACCCAUAUUUGUUGCAGUUUAGGCUAAUCUUUGUGUGCAUAAAAUGCAAAAAAAUGUGCCUAUAUGCUAAUGCAGUGCAGUACUGCUUAUGUUUUGUAAUCACUUUUAUUUCUAAUUGGCCAGUCACCUUGAUGUCAUUCAGACUAUUUAUUUGAUAACGUUUUAAUUGUUUUGUUUUGUAAACAUUUGUAAUUAAUGUUUUUUGUUCUGUUUGUGUUAAUUAUUUGUUUGUUUUCCUUCAACAGAGUGGCCUCUUUGUACUAAUCCUGAGUAAAUGCUAUAUGUUUGCAAAACUCAGAAGCCAUAGCAUCCUGUCUGCCCAGAAAAACCACUGGGAUGUGUUCUACUGUGAGAUUUCCUGUUGUAUUUUUCUGUAUGCACCCUUAUGGCCAAACACCACACACACCUCAUUUUGUGACAUUCUACAUUCUUCUGUGAGGGAGAAGAGAUAUGAUGUGUCUAAGACAGUGAUAGAAAGAAGAAUCCACAUUUGGUUAGUUAGAAAGUUCAGCCAUUUUUAUCUUAUUGAUUUUAUGUUGCCAUCUUUUAAGUAGGAGGGGGCAGUAACAUAACUGAAAGGCAUUAAGACAUAAGCACAUGUAAAUCAGCUUUAACUAAUUUUCUGGGGUGCCAGAGUAGGGGGUCAGUUUUUAAAGUAUGUACUACUGAAGAUUCCAGUUUGCUAUUCAAAGCAAUGUGCAGUACUGCACUAUGUGUAUUUUUGUAGUACCCAACUUGUUUUGGUGUAGAAGUGCAAAACUGCGUCACUGGGGAGGACACAAUACCCUCUAGUUAGAGAUCACUGCCUAUACAGCUUGUAAACCAGGUCUGUGUGUUCUUCUCUCAAUCCUGAUGUAUUUAUAUAUUAAAAAGAUGUAAAGCAUUGCUACACUGUUCAUUAAAUUCAGUUAGGUGUACAUAGCAUACUAAAACAAUAGGUGCAAAGUAACUAUUAAAUGCAUUAAAUUGUUUAUUCAUGUGCUAACAAGAUGUAUUAUUAUUAAUCUUAUAUUUUCAUUUUAAUGCAGCAGAAACAUAAUACAUUACCAUUUUGCAUUUGUUAACUCUAAUGUGUGCUUUAAAAAGCAACUACAGCUCUUUUUGCACUAAUAUGCAUGUACUCAAAUAGCAUUGCAACAUCUUCUAGGAUUUUUCAAGCUCUGUUCCAAACCUAUGUUUGACAUACUGAGGUUUCAUAUCAGGGUUCAGGCAUUCUAAUUACUCACUUUAUGUCCAUUCCUGGGCAGUGACUGAUACAGUACCAACAUUGAUUAAAAUGCAGUAUUGUAUGAAA